GAAGGAGGGGGAGAGUGAACAGAGGGAAGGAGAGGGAGAAUCAUUUCCACUGGCUAGGUUCUGGAUUUGGGAUAGUGAAUCCUUGACUCCACACUCCAGGGGAACACGUCCUCUCCUUCGCCGCGUGCACUGGGAAUGCAGAGAUCAUCCGCAUGGUCAUCGAGAGCGGGGCUGACAUCAGGGCCGUCGACUCCAUGGGCAACACGGCCCUGCACGUCCUCGCUCUGCAGCCCAACAGGACCAUCGCCUGCCAGGUGUACGACCUCAUCGAGAGCUUGGAGGAGCCGGACGCCUCUCUGAGGGCCAGCCUCCUCCCCAACCUCGAGGGCCUCACGCCCAUCAAGCUGGCCGCUGUCGAGGGCAACAUUGUGAUGUUCCAGCACCUGAUGAACAAGCGGAGGCUGACGCAGUGGACCUUCGGUCCGGUCUCCAACUGCCUCUACGAUCUGUCCGGGAUCGACUCCUGGGGAGAGGACUACUCCGUCCUGGAGCUGGUGGUGGCCAGCAAGAGGACAGAGGCUCUCUCCAUCCUGGAACUGCCUCCCCUCAAGCAGCUGAUCUCCCUCAAGUGGAACCGCUACGGCAAGUUCUACUUCUGGCUGCUGACCCUGCUGUACCUGGCCUACAUCAUCACCUUCACCCUCUGUUGUACCUACCGUCCCCUCAAACCGCGCACCAGCAACGUCACCGACCCCCGGGACACCACCGUCUUCGUGCAGAGAACGCUCCAGGUCGAAACCUCGCGUGCGUCUCCCAGUGUGAAUGUGUGUCAGAGUGUGAGUGUGUGGGAUUAGAAACAU